CGGAGCUAUCGAACAAACAGCUGAUAACCCUGCUGUACUUCAGCACGGAGCGUAAAUACUGAGACACUCGCUGUCAUCUUCAAACAUGUGGUGGCUUUUGCCUUGUAUCCUCGGCUUCGUCAGACUCUACUUAGACGGCGUCAAAGUUCUUCUAUACCAGCUUUUCAACAGAUCCUUCAUCCUGCCAGAUUUGCCCAAGCAGAAUGGAAAGGUUGCCAUAGUUACAGGGGGAGCCAGAGGAAUGGGAUAUGAGAUUUCCAGACAUCUAGCCAGCCUGGACAUGCAUGUGGUCAUUGCUGGGAAUGAAGAACAUGAGGGUCUGGCAGCAGUGAAGAAGAUUCGAGAAGAGUUGAAUCAGGGAAAAGUGGAGUUCAUGUACCUGGAUUUGGCCUCUUUGACAUCUGUACGACACUUUGUCCAGAGAUAUAAAGCCAAAAGUUUGCCAUUACACAUCCUUGUCAAUAAUGCUGGCAUUAUGCUUGUUCCGGAGAGGAGAACAGAGGAUGGAUUUGAGCUACACUUUGGGCUAAACUACCUGGGCCAUUUCCUGUUAACCAACCUGUUGCUGGAUGUGCUGAAGAAGUCAGGCAAACCUGGGAAAUGUUCCCGAAUAGUCAUUAUGUCUUCAGCUACCCACUAUGGAGGAAGAUUAACUCUGGAUGACUUGCAGGGAAGGAUGUGUUAUAGUGCUCAUGGUGCAUACGCCCAGAGUAAACUGGCCCUGCUGCUGUUCUCCUACCACCUGCAGGACCAGUUGUGGGUCAGAGGUGACCCUGUAACAGUUAACGCCGUGGACCCAGGCAUGGUGGACACAGCCCUGUAUGACAAUCUGUCUAGCCCGGCCCAGCUGGCCAAGAAACCUUUCGCAAAACUGCUCUUCAGGACGCCUGCAGAAGGAGCAUCCACGGCCAUCUACGCUGCAGCUGCCUCCGAGCUGAAGGGGAUCGGAGGACUGUAUCUGUACAAUGGACGCAAGACGGAGUCUUCAGCACUUUCUUAUGACCAACAGCUGCAAACCAAGUUGUGGAAAGAAAGCUGCGCUCUAGUGGGUCUCCAAUAAACAUGAGAGAACAUCAGCACUGAGCUCCUGAUCACUGAGACUUGGGCCCUCAUCUUACAGUCCAUAUAACAUCCACCUGAAAAAAAUUCAACCUCAAGCCUUAAGUUAGUAUCCCUUUUUGCCAAAUUAUCCCUUUGUCUUUAAAUCAUCUCAUUACCUUUAUAGUGUUCACUAGUGCUAGCAAACGAUUAAUCGUGAUUAAUC